CGUUCCACCCUGUGCUGCUGCUGGAUCUCUCCUGUGUAGAUCAAAGCAGUACUAGCAGGGAGUGAGGAUGAGCGUGGUGGGGUUCGACCUCGGCAAUGAGAGCUGCAUCGUCGCCGUGGCGCGGCUGCGGGGCAUCGACGUGGUGCUCAACGAGGAGUCCAAGCGGGAGACCCCCGCCGUCGUCUGCUUCGGGGACAAGCAGCGGUUCAUCGGCACCGCGGGGGCGGCCUCCUCCACCAUGAACCCUAGGAACUCCAUCUCGCAGAUCAAGCGCCUGCUGGGCCGCAGCUUCGCCGACCCCGAGCUGCAGCGGGACCUCGGCUCCUUCCCGUUCCGCGUCUCCGAGGGCCUCGGCGGAUACCCGCUCGUCCACGCCAGGUAUCUCGGAGAGGACCGGGCUUUCACCCCCACGCAGCUGCUUGCCAUGGUGCUCUCCAACCUCAAGGGCAUCGCUGAGGGCAAUCUGAACUGCGCGGUUGUCGAUUGCUGUAUUGGUAUCCCGGCGUACUUCACUGAUCUGCAGCGUAGGGCUGUUGCGGAGGCUGCCACUAUCGUGGGUCUCCGGUCACUGCGUCUGUUCCACGAGACGACCGCCACGGCUUUGGCUUAUGGGAUCUACAAGACUGAUCUCCCAGAGAACGAUUGGUUGAAUGUGGCAUUCAUCGAUGUUGGGCAUGCUAGCAUGCAGGUUAGCAUUGUCGGGUACAAGAAAGGGCAGCUCAACAUGCUCUCGCAUGCAUAUGAUCGGUCUCUUGGCGGGAGAGACUUCGAUGAUGUCCUAUUUAAGCACUUUGCGGAAAAAUUUAAAGAUGAGUACAAAAUAGACGUCUACCAGAAUGCCCGUGCUUGCAUUAGGCUGCGCGUGGCGUGCGAAAAGCUCAAGAAGAUGCUGAGCGCCAAUCCGGAGGCACCACUAAACAUUGAGUGCUUGAUGGAUGAGAAGGAUGUUCGGGGGUUUAUUAAAAGGGAGGAGUUUGAACAGAUCAGCGCCCCUGUGCUACAACGUGUGAAGGGCCCACUGGAGAAGGCCUUGUCUGAAGCUGGCUUAACGACAGAAAACGUGCACUUUGUUGAGGUUGUUGGAUCAGGCUCUCGUGUCCCUGCAAUAAUCAAGAUAAUCACCGAAUUUUUUGGAAAGGAACCAAGGAGGACUAUGAAUGCAAGUGAAUGUGUUGCCCGGGGAUGCGCUCUUCAGUGUGCUAUUCUUAGCCCCACUUUCAAAGUGCGGGAUUUUGAGGUUAAUGACAGGUUCCCGUUCUCAAUUGUUUUGUCACCAAAACCAGAUUCUGAGAACACUGAAUCCCAGCAGACUCUUGCAUUCCCGAAAGGAAGCCCAGUUCCUAGUGCCAUAACUGCGACCUUCUUUAGGUCCAAUACAUUCACAGUUGAUGUUGUGAAUGUCUGUGAUGAUGAUUUGCAAAUGGCACCAAACAUAAUAAGCACAUAUACAAUUGGCCCUUUCCAGUCCAGCAAAUUUAAGAAGGCAGAACUGAAUGUGAAAGCAUGUCUCGACAUCCAUGGGAUAGUCUCUGUUGAAUCAGCAAUGAUGCUGGAGGAGGAAGUGGAAGUUCCAGUAGCAAGUACGAAUGAGACAGUAAAGGAUGCUACUAAAAUGGAUACAGAUGAUGCACCAACUGACCCUGCUUCUGGAACUGGUGGGAAUAUGGAGGAGUCUAAAUGUGCUGCAGAUGCUCAUGGUGCUGCAGAAAAUGGGGGACCAGAUUCUGAGGAAACUUCUUCUCCGAUGGAUACUGAUGCCAAGGUUGAGCCACCGAAAAAGAAUGUUAAGAGAAUUAGUGUUCCAGUUUUUGGAUUGGUCUAUGGUGCAAUGGGGGCUGAAGAAUUGGAGAAAGCUGUUGAGAAUGAGUAUGAAAUGGCUCUUCAGGACAGAGUAAUGGAAGAAACCAAGGAGAAAAAGAAUGCUGUUGAGGCUUAUGUUUAUGACAUGCGUAACAAGCUAUAUGACAAGUACAACGAUUUUGUCAUGCCUGAGUACAAGGACGAGUUAAUUGCCAAGCUUCAGGAGGUUGAGGAUUGGCUAUAUGAAGAUGGUGAAGAUGAGACAAAAGGGGUUUAUAUUGCAAAGCUCGAAGAACUUAAAUUGGUUGGUGAUCCUAUUGAGAUCCGCUACAAAGAGUGGACAGAAAGAGGCUCUGCUAUUGCCCAGCUCGUACACUGCAUCAAGAGUUUUAGAGAUGCUGCAUUGUCUGAUAAUCGUGCAUUUGAUCACAUCGACAUGUCAGAAAAACAAAAGGUCAUUGACGAGUGUUCAGACGCAGAGAUCUGGCUAAUAGAGAAAAGUCAGCAACAGGAUGUUCUACCAAAGCAUGCUGAUCCUGUCCUCUUUAUUUCUGACAUAAAGAAGAAGGCUGAAGCACUUGACAGGUUGUGCAAACCGAUUAUGACAAAGCCAAAGCCAGCACCAACAAAGCCACAGACCCCGCCUCCACCUCCCCCUCCGACUGAAACCCCAGCAACACCUGAGCCUCAAACACCUGAGCAGCAGCAGCAGCAGCAAUCAGAUGGUGCUGGUGAAGCUGGCGAGCCAACAAGCGUAGGAGGCGCUCAGGAUCAGGAGCCUGCUGCCGAGCAAAUGGACACAGACAAACCGGAUGGUUCCGCUGAACCAUCGGCAUAAGUUUACCGUCGACAAAUUAGACUCUCCUGUGAUUGAACGCUUACUCCUGUGGUUAUGGUCACUUGGUUAAGGCCCGUAAAUGAGCUAGGGCAACCGGAUGUUUUUUUUGUUGCUGCUAUACUUAUGUUAGGUGGUCAUAUAUAUAUGCUGGGAAUAUGACAUGGACAUGUUGGAAGGUAAAUGCUGUGGUGGCUUCUCCCUUGAUUUCA